AUGAAUUCAGCACUGGGCCAGGCGGUCAGCAACCCAAAGUCGAGUGAUGUAACCGUUUCAUGCGCCAAAGGCAAAGAGGAAAAAAAGGGAAAAAAUCUAAUCAGAGGCUGGAAAAGGGAGAGGGAUGCUUUCAGGACGAGGAAAGAGAAACAUGAUGGUCAAAGAAGUCCCAUCUUAAAUUCUAUACCUGACCAUUUGUGCACCCUCGGAAGCAAAGCGAAUCCGUGUCAUUGUGCAGGGGGCAGAAUGGAAGACAUUACCAAAAACGGUUUGGAUUGUGGAAUAAAGGGCAGCGCUAUUGUUGUGAGGAAGAAUGACGACACUGUCACAACGGCAAAGAAACUGAGAACAGAAAAGGUGGAUUCAAUGUUUACAGUGCCUGCACCCCCGCCACCCGGCCCUCAAAGCCCAAUGUCCAAUGCCCCCUUCUCUUCACCCAUCUCAAAGCAACUUUUGGUGAGGACCAGAUCCAUAGGAACCAACACACAAGAUGGAGGGCCAGACACCGAUUCAUGUCGCCCUGGCCCUUGUCAGCCAGGCACCAGUGUCAACCUGGAGGGCAUUGUGUGGCAUGAGACUGAGGAAGGUGUCCUUGUAGUCAAUGUAACAUGGAGAAAAAGAACCUAUGUGGGGACUCUUUUGGACUGUACCAAGCAUGACUGGGCACCACCCAGAUUUUGUGAGUCACCAUCCAGUGACUCUGAUCUGCCAGGUGGCCGUGGCCGUGGUAAAAGGAUGCGACUGGCCAUCCCGGAUCGACCCUGCGUUGAACCUGGGCUCGCCAAGGUCCGAGGGCUGCCACAUAAGAGCCGUGGCGGGGGCAUUCACAGCAAGGGCCGAAGAGGGAGCCUUAAUCUGAUCAAUAACUGCAGAACACCUCCCUUUUUCACAGUUGAGGAGAUCAAGCCAAACUCCAUCCCAUCUGGGAAGAGGAAAAACAAACCCCCGACUGAUCUGGAUUUGAGUUUAGUCGCAGAUGACAUGAAAAAUGGAAACGGGAAGAGGAUCCGUGCCAAGUCCCGGAGUGCUCCUUCCACGCCACAGGGAAAGUCGGAUCCUACCUUUAACGAUCCGGCAUGUACCUCUCCCAUACUGAUAGACUGCCCCCAUCCGCACUGUAACAAGAAAUACAAGCAUAUCAAUGGGCUGCGGUACCACCAGACACAUGCACACUUAGAUGUGGACCGGAAGCCAGAGUUUGAGGCUGAGAGUGAGGACAGACUGUCUGACUGUGAGGAGUCCCUCAGUAACAUGACUUUCGACUGCUCCGAUAUAACCAAUAGCUCAUCAAAGAAGCCCAGCCCUCUAUAUAAGGUUUCUACAAUAGGGUCUCCAAAAAGCAGACAAUUAAUGUUCAAUAGUGAUCAUAGUCCCAUGGCGAAUUCUAAAAUGAGGAGGAAUUCGUUGAUCAAAGAGGGACUCAUUGAUGACUUGAGUAACUUGCCAAUCAUUUCGAACAUGACUGUGGUACUGGAAAAUUGUCUUGUUACUGAUAGGAACUCCUCUGUGGAGAUGCCUAAGCUUGAAGCCGAGGGUCUGAUCGAUAAGAAGGGAGUGUGUGAUAAAGGGAAAAAGGUUAAUGGGAAAGUUGAGAAGUGUUCAUCUAAAUCUAGGACCAACAGGCCUAUAGCUCCUGCUCCCCCAAAGCUGAUUGCAAUCCCCAACACUGUGUUCUCCACUAACACAACAGAAGCCAACACACAGCAGUCUUCCCCACCAGUAGCUGUUGGUGUCACCACAACAAAGAACCUCUCACUUAAACCCAUCAAGCCAAAGUUAAACAUCAUGGUAGAGCCAAGUCUGGUGAAAACAACCCUAGUCACUUGCAAGGAGACCAGGAACAAAGACAAACGAAGAUUAAAAGACAAACACAAUAAAGACACAAGGACCUCUAAUGGCGAUAGCAUUCAACUAAAGAUGGACGAGGGAAAGGUGGUGGGAAAAGAACCGUCUGGAAGCCUUCUGAAAGAGCACUUGAGCAAACAAGACGUCAUGAACAGUCUAACGGAGUCUCAAGAGAGUAGAAUGGCCAGCAUCAGAGCAGAGGCUGACAAAGUGUACACGUUCACUGACAACUCUCCUAGUCCUUCCAUAGGUAGCUCUUCAAGACUGGACUGUGGCUCCCUUGAAAGUGGAGAUGGCACCACCACCAAAACGAACAGCCCGGCAUACUCAGACAUAUCGGAUGCAGGUGAUGAUGGGGGUUCAGACUGCCGUUCAGACACUAGGUCCAAAAGUCCAAGGUCCAUCUCAGCCUCUGAGAUGAACUCAAACAACAAUCCCAAUCUAAAUCCAAAGACUCAUCCAGCUGCAUCUAUUCCUGCAGGGCCUGUCAAAGACCCCCAGUCUCCUUUUUACCACGGAUAUGACCCCUACUAUAUUCAGAAUUACAUGCAGACCGGCCAGUCAAACACAGCUGCUUUUCAUAAGACCGCCACCCUUCAAGACAGUAAAUGCAAAAAGGAGGACAAUGAGGGGAGAAACACCCCGGAAUUAUUUGAUUCGAAGAAGACUGAUGUCAUCAACUCAAGUUCGCAGUCCCAGCUUCAGAUGGCGAUGACACAAACACACACGGCUCUAGCCCAGUCCUUGUACUACGGCCAGUAUGCACGAGGUCUUUACAUGGAUCAAAAACUCUUAAUUGCAUCCAAGUGCUGUGAUCAGCAGCAAAUCACCAAGCAGAGAGGAGGUCAAGCAAACCGAGAACCAGAUGAGAUGAAACACAUGAUAACCUCGACAUCUGUAUUAUCUAAGGGGACAGACUCUGUGAAAACGUGCUGUGCCAAACCUGGGCUCUCGUUUGCAGAAAUGGAUGAGCGACCCCAGACUCUGACCACACAGCCACAAGGGAAGCCGAUGCUUGUCAAUAUGACUGAGAACCAGGGACUUGUCAAAGACAGUGAUGAAAUGAAAUCAUCCAUGAAUCCAAAUAAUCAGACAGAGCUGGACUCAAAUGUAUCAUUUUCAAAUCAUGCAGAAGUCCAAUGCUGGUCCCGCCCAAAUCAAUCCAAUAAUGUGGAGCAGCAAAGUGAAGAGCUUAGCCAGAGCUCAGAGGAGUUAAAUGCUGACAUGUCUAAGGAGUGGGAGAUGCCCUCUGAGCCAGUGACAAAGUUGGGAGUAGAGCUCAAAAAGGCCACGAACCAGAACGUCACCACAUCAGACAUAGAGGACUGUGAUAGGCUAGAGGAGCAGCAGCCAAUAGGGGUCAUGUCUGAGGACUCACAGAGUGCCAGGGUGGCUGUAUCACCAGCGAUGAACCCCCAACAACAACCCUAUAUCCAGUACCAGCAUUCCUACCAAUACCUACAGAUGUGUGACCCCAGCAACAACUCUUACACGGUCAAGUCACCCACCCUGGUGCAUAAUUACCCACGUUUCCACUAUCCUCUCUAUGGGAAAACAGCAGGCAGAGAGGAGUCGGAUUUGACUCAGAACAGCCGUAGUGUGAGCAGUAAGCCAGCCAGUGAGUCUACUGCCCUUGAGCUUCUGCAACACCACAAUCUGCCAUACCAUGGCAAAUCCCCUGCGCCUGGUGAGAAAGGAUCCUUUGAAGGAGAGAGAGAGACUGACCGGGAGAGGAACCAUGUUCCCUUUGCCAGGCACCUUCACACUCAUCAUCAUACACAUCUUGGAAUGAGCUACCCACUCAUGUCUGGGCAGUACGACAUUUUCCAAGGGAUAAGCUCUAGAGCCCUGGUUUCCAGCCAGAAGGUGUUGGUACACUCAUCUUCAACUGAUAAUGAAGGGAAGAAGUAA